UUGUUGACGUGUAAUUUCAGUUUGAAACACCGGUUUUUUUAAUUAAUAAGCGAUUUUCGAAAUUCAAAAAAUGGCUCCGAGUAAAAUUAAUAUAAAAGAUCGUUUUACCGAUGGUGAAAUUGAUUUAAGUAUGUCGGAUAUUGAGGAAGUUCCUGUUAAAGAUAUUGCCUCAUUAAAAAAUGCCUAUUCUUUGGAUAUAUCGAAUAAUAGAAUCCAAUCUUUACCUGCUAAUUUUUCUUCAUUGGUGAACAUAAUUAAGCUGGAUUUAAGUAAAAACGAGCUUAAAGAGCUGCCUGACAAUUUUGGUAACCUCGUAAAACUACGUCAUUUAGACUUGUACCAAAACCAAAUUCAACACUUGCCAUUGAGUUUUUGCAAUCUAAAGGAUUUAAAAUGGUUGGACUUAAAGGAUAACCCCUUAGUCCCAACUGUAGCGAAAAUUGCUGGCCCCUGUUUGGAUACAAAGCAAUGCCAAAAAUGUGCCAAAGAUGUGGUCAACUUUUUUGUUAAGCUACAAGAACAAGUUAAAAACGAGCUUGAAGCAAGAAAUCAGCAGAGGAAAAAACAGCUGGAAAUCAACAACAUAAAGAAACAGGAGGAGAAAAAAAACAAGAAAAAGGAGAAGAAAAGUAAACAGCAGAAUAAAAAUGAAGACAUUCCCCUGAUAAAAAAUAAAAACCAUAAGACUGCCGUAGAAGUUAAGGGUAAUAAUGUUAAGAACAUUAAAACUAAACCGUCAUUCCUAAAAACUUUGUUUUUUACGUUCCUUAUAAGCACUUCCAUAUUAUUUGUGCUAACUUCAAUAAAACUAAAACAAACAGAGAAAUUUGAAAUUGCUGUCCGUACUUUAUAUGAACGGUUUGUUUUGGUUGCGCCCGAAAAUUUACUGCCAUAUUGUAAAGACUUAGCAAAAAGUGUUGGGUAUAUGCAUGAAAAAACUGGGAACAUUACUAUAGAAGUUAUAAAAACUAUACAGGACCAAACUUGGUGUUGUUUAUUUAAGGAUUUUGUAGCAAGUUUAAGUGAAAAAAUACAUGAGUUUUAUAAAAGUUUAAUAAAGUAAAUUU